CAUCAAAAAAAUUUAAGCAACACAUACACAUUUCAAUUUUACAAUGUGUUUUCGCAUUAAAAAGCAUUCGCUUUUUUAAUAUUAAACAACAAUUGUUUUAAUUUUAUUUGUUUUUUAAUAAUCUUAAUUAACAAUAAUUACGAGUAAGUACUGUAUGUACUGUUAAUACUUUUUGGUUUGUCUAAAAUAAAAAUGCGGUGUGACAUCUAUUGCGAGUGUUGCCUAUCAAUUGUUGACUGUCGUUUAUUACGAAAAUAGAAAAUUAGUAGACGAUUUAAAUAUUAUUUUAUUUAAACAUCAAGUGAUAUUGUGUCAUUUGUUUGGACCUUAUAAACUGUAUAAGUGAAAUCUAUUGACAAUUCUGCUAAUUCUUACUACCAACCCUUGAAGAGUUCCCUUAAUAUUCAAGGAACAAGGUUCAAGGUACGAAUAUCUUUGAGUGGUUACGGGCCCAGAUUGCUGAAGAUGGAUCUUGCUAAGAUACAGAUUACCAAACUUGAAAACCAUAAUUGGAUACAAUAAACGUAUCGGAUGACCGCUUUGCUAAGAAGUAUCGAUGGAUUUCUCGAUAUUGUUGAAGGUAAAAUACAACGACCUUCUCAGCUGGCAGAAGCUGCUACGCAAGUGGCUGGAGUUGCUGCAUCAGCUGAUGGAGAUGGCACACGUCCAGAUAUCGCCUAUGUUGUAAGUGUUGUAUGACGGAAUUUAGAAAUACUAAUUGAGACAGACUGUGUUAGGGUGAAACGUAUUAUGCGUUAUCUCAAAUAUGCUUCUGGAGCUGGAAUUUUAAACAAGAAAUAUUAUAAAAACAAAAUUUUGGAAGGCUAUAGUGAUUCAGAUCAUGGAGGUUGUAUUACAACAUAAAGACCAACAUCAGGAGUACUGUGCCUCUAUGCGUGCCAACCAUAAGCAAAGGAAAUGAUUGAUUGUACUAUGGCACCUAAAUAUAGAAAAGAUUUUUGUUUAUUAGCUCUUAAACUUAUACAGUGUCCUGAUAUGGAAUUCAAAGAGUUAGAAGCUCUUCUAACAGAUGGCCGGUACAAUUUACUGAGUGUCCAUUUGCAGAACUUCUGUGUACGCUUACAAAAUAUAUAUGCCAAUGGUAUCAGUGCUCUUAUGGAUUGUGUCACUUCAACCAUAGAUAAACUUAUGAUAGAACAAAGUGAAACUAAUCCAUGUAUUAUUACAAGAUACAGUGUACUAGGAUUUUAUUUAAGGAGGAUAAUGCUUCAUUUAGACAAAUUGACUUUUGUUCAAGUUGUCUCUUUGUACAAGUCAUUUUGUUUAUAUUAUCAGAAAGGGAGGCCAGGUUUGAUGAUGAGAUCAUUAAGUAAGGAGAAACUGAAUAAUAUGGAACCACAUACCACAGCUACGUCACCUAUACUACCAGAUGAAUCAAAGCCUCAUGAGUCAUCUAUAAGAAUGAACUUAGUAGAUAGGGAUAAUAGUUUUGAAGAAGCUCAGUGGUCUAGGAAGCAAGCUGAAUUGUUCACAGCACAGCAAGCUAAUUUGCUGCAAAUUAAUGAGAGAAAAGCAUUACCACCAAAACAAUUGCAGAGAACAAUAAUACAAAUCAUAAAUGAUAUACCGGAAUAUCCUGAUAUUCAUUUCCUUAGUUUUCUAAAUUGCAUUCGCAUGAAAGAGUUUUGCGGUGCGCAAGAUUCCCUGUACAAUUGUUUUGAUCGUACCGUUUUUAGUGUAACUGCAAAUAACAAUAAUAAUAACAACAACACGUCAUGUAAUGACCGAAACAAAAACUUUCGCUACGCAGCUCUAAAUAGGGCAGCUAUGCACACUCAGUUCGGGCACAAGGCGGUGGCGAUGGAGGCGGUGCGCGAGGCGCUGGCGGCGGCGCAGGGCGCGGCGGACGGCGCGGCGCUGGCGCACGCGGCGGCGUGGGGCGCGCUGGCGGGCGGCCGCGCGCGCCGCGCCGCGCUGCUGGCCCGCGUGCCGCGCGCGCCGCGGGUCGCCGCCGCCGCCGCGCAGCUCAUGGCGCAGCAUGCCGCCGUCAACGGCGCCAAGCCCUCGGAGGUUUUCCAGAUCAUAACGAAAGGAGACACUAUAAACUACUUACAUUCGAUGACGGAUCUCACAAUGGCAGGUUUAGCGAAUACUGCAGCUCUGUGGUCAUUAUAUGGAAAGACUGAGAUGGCGUCCAUUAAUUGUCAGUUACUUCUUAAUUUGAACACGAAGUGUGCGGUGGGCAACAGUAGCGUUUGGCACUGGACGGAGGCGUCAGCGACGGCGGGCGCGGGCAUGGUGUGCGUGGCGGCGUGGCGGGCGGACGGCGCGCUCGCCGCCGCGCUGGCCUCGCACCUGCGGCACGCGCAGCCCGCGCUGCACGCGCCCACCGCGCCGCACCCGCGCCUUGUCGCCGUCGCCACACAGCACCAAGCCUCUUUCGCGCUAUUAGCGGGUAAAUGGGAAGAAGCCGACCAAUGUAUAAAACAACUAGCAUCAUACGACAGAUGGGAGAGUCAGUUACUAAAAUCUGAAAUGUAUUUUCUAAAAGGAGAUGCCACAGAGGCGUUGCAGUCUCUUCAUGAUAUUUUGGAUUUCUGUAAGACAGAAGACGAUAGUUUGCAUUACGUGUCGUUGAAAUUAAGAGCUAUGAUAUUAAUGUCUCAAGUACAACAUACCUUUAGCAGCAUCCAGUCGACAAAUAUAAUGAUACUCAAUGAGGUUCUAUCACUAGCAAAAAAAUACCACCUAAUUUAUUUAGCCGCUACUGCCGAAAUGCAUAUAGCUAAUGAACAACUACAUAUGGGUUAUGCUAAGAAUGCCUUGGCUCUUGUGAGAAAAGUAUUACCCACAAUUAUGGCUCAUGGAAGUGCAUACGACAUGGCAAGAGCAUUACUAUUGUAUACGAAGUGUCGGAUCGCAUCGGCGCCGGUGGCUGGCGAGAGCCGCGUGCAAGUUCUUCAGUCUUGUUGUGAUGCUUUAGAGUCAGUAAAAAAGAAUUUUUCGAAAGUUGGUGCACAUGCGAGAUUACUACAAACAUGGUACUUACAGGCACAGUUAUAUAAUGACAUUGGAAACCAUGCAGCUAGGAACCAAUGUGCGUGGAUGUACAGACAAUUGGAAACUGAAAACCCAAUAGAACUUUCCAAUAUGUUACUUGUAAUGUAUUAAUAAAGGUUUUUCUAUUCCAAAUUUUUUAUUUAAUAUGUU